CCCCAGCCCCAUCCCAGCGGGUCCCGGCUUCCUUACAUGGUCACGGCUGGGGCUCCGGCUCCCGGACGUCCCCCCGCCCCCCGCCCCCACCGGACACGGCCCUCGCCCUGCUCGCCCCGCGCUGUCCCGCCGCGCCGCUCCGCGCCAUGGAGGACCUGGACGCCCUGCUUUCUGACCUGGAGACCACCACUUCGCACAUGCCGAGGUCGGGGGCUCCAAAAGAGCCCCUCAUGUCUCCCCUGUCCUAUGGCCACCAGCCACAGACUGGAUCCGGGGACGCUCCAGGAAGCACUGGGGACAAGGACCACUUGUACAGUACGGUGUGCAAGCCUCGCUCCCCAAAGCCUGUGGCCCCUGCGGCACCUCCCUUCUCCUCCUCCAGCGGGGUCCUGGGCACCGGGCUCUGCGAGCUCGAUCGACUGCUUCAGGAACUGAAUGCUACUCAGUUCAACAUCACAGAUGAAAUCAUGUCUCAGUUCCCAUUGAGCAAGGAAGCUGCAGGGGAGCCUAAGGAGGAGCCUUCAGAAGACAAGAAAAAGCCCAGCCCACCCCCCAGCCCAUCCCCUGCCCACCCAAAGCCUUCAGCCACCUCUGCCACCCAGGAGCUGGAUAGACUGAUGGCCUCACUCUCUGACUUCCGUGUCCAGAAUCAUCUGCCUGCCUCUGGGCCAGCCCAGUCACCAGUGCCGAGCUCAGCAAAUGAGGGCUCCCCAUCCCCACCAGGCCCAGCUGACGAGGGCAGCCUGGACACCAUGUUGGGGCUGCUGCAGUCCGACCUCAGCCGCCGGGGUGUGCCCACCCAGGCCAAGGGCCUCUGUGGCUCCUGCAAUAAACCCAUUGCUGGGCAGGUGGUGACCGCGCUGGGCCGGGCCUGGCACCCCGAGCACUUCCUGUGCGGCGGCUGCUCCGCGGAGCUGGGCGGCAGCAGCUUCUUCGAAAAGGACGGAGGCCCCUUCUGCCCCGAGUGCUACUUCGAGCGCUUCUCCCCGCGCUGCGGCCUCUGCAACCAGCCCAUCCGACACAAGAUGGUCACCGCCUUGGGCACCCACUGGCACCCGGAGCACUUCUGCUGCGUCAGUUGCGGGGAGCCCUUCGGAGAUGAGGGUUUCCACGAGCGCGAGGGCCGCCCCUACUGCCGCCGGGACUUCCUGCAACUAUUCGCCCCGCGCUGCCAGGGCUGCCAGGGUCCCAUCCUGGACAACUACAUCUCGGCGCUCAGCGCACUCUGGCACCCGGACUGCUUCGUCUGUAGGGAGUGCUUCGCGCCCUUCUCAGGAGGCAGCUUCUUCGAGCACGAGGGCCGCCCGCUGUGCGAGAACCACUUCCACGCGCGGCGCGGGUCCCUGUGCGCCACCUGCGGGCUCCCGGUGACCGGGCGCUGCGUUUCUGCGCUGGGCCGCCGCUUCCACCCCGACCACUUCACCUGCACCUUCUGCCUGCGCCCGCUCACCAAGGGCUCCUUCCAGGAGCGCGCCGCCAAGCCCUACUGCCAGCCCUGCUUCCUCAAGCUCUUCGGCUGACCCCCCGGGGCCCCGCCCAACUGCCACCCCAAGUCCCCACCCAGUGUCUCCCGAACCCCGCCUCACCCGGGGAGGCCCCAACCUACUGAGGGAGGCUAGCCGCUAAGGUACUGUAGGCUCCCCGCAGUCAAGCUUAGACUCGCUUGUCCUUAGGGCACCUCUUCCAGGCAGUUCCCGGUUGACUGCUCAGCAGGCAGGCCAGCCUAUCCUGUGAGACCUCCCUGUUCUGUGCACUUUUUUUUUUUCUACCUACAUAAACACUUACCUGCC